AUGGAAGUGCCUGUAGCAGAAGCAUUGCCAGGGAAAGGAAAAAAGCGUAAAAGACAGCCGGAGAAAUGGAAGGCGAACAAAGCGAAAACUGACAGCUACGAUAUGACAAAAUUUUUAGAAAAAGUUAAAACAUACAUCACUAGUCUUGUGACGUCAUCACCAAAACAUUGCAAACAAAAACAACUAUAUCCAACACAAUCAGAAUCAAAAACAGCUAAAUCCUUUAGUUGGUAUCAAAUGCAGCCAAGACCACUGGUCAGUCCAAAAGUUAAUGUUGCUGAACGUCGAACAUUGCGAGCUAAAGAGAAUUCGUUGCUUGGAACUCCAUCAAGCUCUAAAGGACCACUGGUCAGUCCCAAAGUUAAUGUUGCUGAACGUCGAACAUUGCGAGCUAAAGAGAAUUCGUUGCUUGGAACUCCAUCAAGCUCUAAAGGAGAAGAAAUUCAAAAGCGACUUCCAACCAACUAUGCAGUGCUAGAAAAAAUGUCUCUUUUAAGCGAAGAAGAGACAUUAAAACAAGUUAAAAAUAAUUCACUGGUAGAUCUUGCAGAGGAAUUAGGCAUACCUGAUGAAAAAAUUGACAAAAUUUUGCAACAAAUGCCGCGACAACGCAUCAGAACUACCACACGAGGAACUACUGACACGGAAGUGUACCGAAAAGCGGCUGAAGAGCAUUCUAAAGAUGGAAAUACUAGCGCAGUUGUGGGCUACCGUUGCGUCAACCGUGUUUUUACCAUUGAUGAGGAAAAAUGUCUACAGGACUAUUUAAUCGAGUGCUCUGGAGUUUAUUUUGGGUUAUCUCCAUCUGAAGUACGUAAACUGGCAUAUGAGUUGGCAAUAAAAAAUGGAAAAACAUUUCCUGAAAAGUGGCACGAUACUCAAAUGGCGGUUGAUCCGGAGACUCUAGUUGAUAAUCUUCCAACAUCAAGUGACCAGACUGUCCAGUGUACAGUUAGCAAUGAUUUGUCAAAAAACUCAUACAAUCAAAGACCCAACUCGCCAGUACCAGGACCUAGCGGAUUACAGCAAGCAAAUUCUUCUCAGCCGUUUGAUUUCACACCGAAAGAUCUUAGACCUUUACCACAAGCGAGUCCGAGAACUGUAGCAAAUAAAGGACGUAAAAAACGUAAGACAGCAAUAUUGACGGACACGCCCGAAAAAAAUGCAAUUGAAGAAGAAUACCAACGAAGAAAUAAAGCCAAGAAAACAGUUUUACAACCGGAUACUAGAAAUGGCAAGGGGAAGUUGAUAUCUACGAAAGGCAAGGGAAAAGGAAAAAAGACAAAGAAGGCAGUUAAAGGCAAGGAAAAUAAAUCUGACGACGAAGAUUGCUUCUGUCUCGUUUGUUUAGAAACUUUUAGCAACAGUCGACCAAAUGAGCAAUGGAUACAAUGUACCAAAUGUAAAAUGGGGUCACAUGCUGAAUGCGUCAACGACGAUGCAAAUUAUGAGUGCCAUAAUUGCCGUUACGUGAAGUUGAACAAAGAAAAAGAAAAUGUUGAGGUCGUCUAUCACCCUCUGAAUGCUGUCAAGGGAGUGUUUAGUGAUGAAGAAGAAGAGCAAUUGGUUGAAUAUUGCUUAAAGGCAUCCAAGAUACACUACGGAAUAUGCAAAGAUGACUUUUUAAAAUUAGCAUUCGAAUAUGCAGUAAUUUUGAAAAAAACUUAUCCAAGUGCUUGGGACACAAAUAAAAAAGCUGAUAGGCCUUAUGUAGAUGCUAACACCGUUACGCACACCAGAUUGGAUGUGGCUGAAAUACAACCAAAUAUUGCUCUACCUGGACCAUCGCAAUAUGCAAAUAUUGAACAACAAUAUGACAAUAACCAAGUAGCUCUAAUAGAAUCUCUAGCACCAUCUAUAUCCACUGGUACUAUAUACACAGACAAAAAUAUCGUUAUGUCACCUGAAGCCAUUCGUCCUUUUCCAAAGGCCCCACCACGUAAGAAUAAUACUACUAGAAAUAGAAAAGAACGAUUAAAUAGAUUUAUUUAUUGUUUUAGGCUUACCCAUGAUAGGGUAACACAUCAAGAAGUUACUGUUACAAAUGAAGCACAGAACAAGGUUUUUGAUGAAAAUGAGAUCGAGGAAUAUGACCAUUAUAAUGACAAUAUUGGUUGCAGUUUACCAUUAUUAAGAAUGAUGCCACAACGACUAUUGAAAAUAAGGAAUUUUAAUAAACCACCUGAUUCAAGAGAUCAGAGAGAAUCAGAUGCUGUUUCAAACAAAGGAAUACUGAAUCUGUCUAAAGAAGAGACAAACCAAGACAGUUUAGUCACAGGUGAAGCCAAAGAAAAUUUACUUGCCGAAUACGAAAAACAUCAUGCUGAAAAAGACAUGUCCAGAAAAUAA